CGCCAUCUCUCGUUUACCUGCUCAUGGUCGUCCGACCUAAAGAGCUUAGAACUCAGGAGUCAGAACACGCGAAUUAGGGUACGAUCUUCCUGACCCAGUUAUAGGGUACUCGUCGUGAUCUCUCUAUGAGCGACACUGCGAACAAGCUGAAUGCCGUUCAAUUGGCUCUCGGAUUUGUCGUUUAGUUGGUUGUGUCGCAGACGGUCAGGGCCCGAUCGAGCUGAAUCCCCUCGCUUCGGUGCAGCUGCAGUUUUUUUAAGGAAAGGAAGCGACAGCGCGACAAGAUCGUAAAUUUCGGACAGGAUCAUGAUAGAAAAUUCGCGUUUUCUAAAUACCUAACGUAUAGCCAUUCGCAGAGAAUAAUCUACAGUGACUGAUCGGCAGUGACUGAUCGACAGUGAUUGAUCUACAGAGAAUUAUCCAUAGUGACUGAUAAAGGAAUUGGUUGACAGAACAGCUCGUGCUGGCGACGAUGCGACCAGCUCGUGCAUCCCCAGGUACCAGAGACCCUGUGAAAGUAAAUCUGUUUUGAGACGUCCUCAAAACAGAUUUACUUUCACGAGAUCAGCUCGUGUAUAACGCCUCGCUACCCACUGGGUCAAAACGAGGUUACCCAGAGGCGCAGUGGAAUGCGUUUCUACAUUCUAGGGUAAUUCCGUCCGCAGACGUUACAUCGUGUAUCCCUAGGAUCCAGAACCCCUCAAGUCCAGCACCAGCGCUGAAAGCAUUUGAGCGUACGCCACGCUACAGCUGUAGGUGAUUUUUGAGAGCUCUCAGAAAGCUACCCAUCGGAAAGACAACGGACACUGGAGAUUCGAGCACGUCAGCGGGCCGAGCCGUUGAAGCGCCAUUGAACCAGCCGUGCUAUGAUCCCAAGUGCUAGAUGUUUAGUUUUGAGCCGUCUCAAAAGCUCCAUUGAACCAGCCGUGACAUGAUCCCAAGACCAGCGGCCGAUGAUCUCGAGAGCAGCAGCGGCCCAUGGUGACCGUCAAGCACAAGGAAGCGGUUCACCGCGUGACCUCAGACCACUCCCCUAACCUCCACCAAACCUCCCAUUCCCAAACCUCCCACUCCCAAACCUCCCACUCCCAAACCUCCCACUCCCAAACCUCCCACCAUUCCCACCUAAUCCCCCCUUCCCAUCCGCACCAUUCCUCCCUCACCCACCACUCACCCCUCUACCAACCCUCCCCUCUCCAGCACGCUCCGCAACAGGCGCUCGCGGCGCAUCCCGCGGACGCCGAUCCCAGCCCGCACUCCGCUCUACAGUCGACUCCUAAGUCGCCUCUCUCCGCGCGCCAUCGCCGCCGGCAGCAUUCCGCGCCGCACUCCGGCCCUGACGCCCUCCUGUCCACCGGCCGGCUGCUACUAUUGCUAGCGAUAUUAAUCGCCUUCGUGUUUCUUUACUCCGAGCUCGAGGCGCGGAUAGACCUCGAUGACGACCCGCUGGGGGAGGAGAAGAGCUUCCGGCGGGAAAACGGAAACCGUGACGGAAACGGUAACGGUAACGGCAACGGAGGUGUGCGAGGGUCGGGAAGGUGGGGGUUGGCAGAAGGGUCGGAGGAGCAAUGGCAGCAGAGAGGGGUGGCGGAUUUUGCGGAUCAGAGCGUAUCGGACCUUCUAAGCGCGGUGAUGGAGGAGGGGAGAAAGGGGGGAGGCGAUAACGGGGAUGUCAAUAGCGAGGAUGGGGACGCAGCUCAGGCCAGGGUCACUGAUCGGUGGUCCGAAGGGUCUGAUAAGCGGUCUGAUAAGCGGUCUGAAACGGGGUCUUAUAAGCAGAUUUUUGGGGUUGGCACGAGUUUAGAGGAGCGGCGCAGGUUGCUUCUAUUGGAGCGGGACCAUAGAGGGGUUCUGGCGGUGUCUCACCAUAAGCACACGGGCUUACACGGUGAUGCCAGCAGCAGCGGUGCGAGCAACAGCAGCAGCAGCAGCAGCGGCAACGGCAGAGGCAGCGGCGGCGGCGGCGGCGGCGGCGGCAGUGGCGGCGGGAGAAGUGGAAGCAGCAGCAGAGGCGGUGCGAGAGCCGAUAGCGGGGGCGGCGAGGAGGAGGAGGAGGAGGGGGAGGUAUUCGACAUGUACGAGGCGUCCUUAGACGAGCAGGUGGCCCAGGACAUCACUAUAGUCAUCUCCGCUAAGCACACCUUCAGCUCCGCCGCCUCGCACCUCGACGCCGUCCUCCAGAACACCCCCCCCUCCCCCGUCGUGUACCUCAUAACGGACUCCAUGGAUAAUCGGUCACGGGCGCACGUGCUGAGGCGCAAGCGGGAGGCGGACGCGGGCAUGUGGCGGGGGAAUGCGGUCCUGAGGGGCACCCCCGGCGCGGACGGCACCCUGCAGUACCAGCAGCAGCAGGAGCGGCGGAUGGUGGUGAAAGACGUGGGACGGAACGUGAGCGGGUACGCGAGCGGGUUUGCCAUGCGGAACGCGUCGGUGGAGCUGAUUAAGACUAAGUACGCGCUGUUUAUCUUCUCCGACGUGUUCCCGUUAGGGCACCGGUGGCUGCAGAAGCUGUAUAUGUUUGCGGAGGCGAGGGGCGGGGAGGGCGUUAUCUUCCUGCCGUUUUUGUGGGAGCAGUCCGGGGGAGGCUCGGCCCCGACCUUCAAGGGGAUGAUGUCCCUGGAUGGGAUCGUGGAAGGGGGGGGAGGCGGAGGGGGGGGUGGGGAUGGGGGAGGGGGAGUGGGAGGAGAGGGAAGUGGUGAAGGAGGGGUUGAGGGGGACGAGAGUAGCCGCGGUAGCGGCAGCAGUAGCGGCAGCAGCAGCAGCAGUGGCAGCAGCGGCAGGGAGCUAGGGCACGCAAGGCGGUCACACACAGGGAGCCGGUGCAAGGCGGAGCACGAGAGCAUGCGGCUGCACGCAGCCUUCGGGGCCGACAUGAUACUAGACGACUUCAGCAACGACGGGAAGCUCUACCCACAGCCCAUCGAGGACCCGGAGGUCGCCGCGGCUCUCGAUCCCACGCUGCUAGAACCGAGAGAAUCGACGGUGGGGAUUGAGGAUCACUGUAUGCUGGUGCGGCAUACUUUCCUGCAGGAGGCUCAGGUGUUUGAUCCCCAGGUGGGGUAUACGAGACAGGAUCUAGAUAUAGCGCUCACCACCCGGUAUUUUAAUUACAAGGCGUUUCUCGUGCCGCAGUCGGUGGUGGUGUACCACCACCCGUCCACGAGCAUACGCACGAGUGACCUGGUGUAUUUUGCCAGUCAGAGCAGUGAUGACGUGUGCACGGCGAACCAGGUGUUUCUGCGGCACAAGUGGGGGGUCAUUGUGGGGCAGUGGUGCCGGGGGUUUGUGGACGCGUCUCUGAGGAGUCUGCUGUGGGUGGCGGAGGGGGACGCGGGGAAGGACAUGCGCGCCCAGGUGGAGGCGGAAGGUCGUGGUAGUGCCAGCAGCAGCAGCAGCAGCAGCAGCAACGGCACUAGCAGUAACGCCACAACAGCAUCACCAGGCACCCCCACCCCCUCUCUCAGACGCAGCCGCAGAUUCUUCCUCCCACCCUCCCAGAGCGAGCAAGCCCGCCUCAUCCUCGCAUUUUUCUCCCUCACCGGCUUCAACCGCUUCCAAAUGCGUCAUCUUCCCUCCUGGGGCGACCUCCCCCCCGCCCCCUCCGUGCCCUGCCUUGUCAGGGAUAAGUCUGUGUGUGACUCCGCCAUCCCCUGGAUGGCUGCUGCUAGCGGGUUUGUACCCGCUGUAGACAGACUCGGCUCUCUGCACGAGCUUCUAGAGGAGUAUGGGAGAAUGCCGAGGGGGGGGAGGGGGUUAGGAGGGGGAGGAGGGAGGGGGGUGGCGGAGGAAGAAUGGGAGAGGGAGAAUGCGAGAAGGAAGGAGCAGGGGAAGGGGAAGGGGAAGGGGAAGGGGAAGGGGAAGGGGAAGGGGAAGGGGGCGGAGGAGGCGAAGAAGAAGGGGAAGAAGGGCGGUGGUGAGAAAGGUGGUGGGGGUAAGGGCAUGUUGAAAGGAGGCAGGAGGCGGUUGCUUGCUAACAAUAAGACAGGGGCAGGGGCAGAGACAUGGGCGGGGACUGGGCAGCAGUCUUCCCCUGUCAUGGCGCUAGUUAGAAGGGAGAGAGACGAGGACAGGCAUAGGGAGAGGGGCACAUACAGGGGCAAGGAUACAUACAGGGGGAAGGAUAGAGGCAGGGAGAGGGACACAUACAGGGGGGAGGAUAGAGGCAGGGAGAGGGGCACAUACAGGGGCAAGGAUACAUACAGGGGGAAGGAUACAUACAGGGGGAAGGAUACAUACAGGGGGAAGGAUACAGGCAGGGGGAAGGAUAGAGGCAGGGAUAGGGAUAGAGGCAGGGAUGGGAACGGCCACAGAGACCAAGGCUGGGCGCCCAACAGUUCGUUCUUGACGCGCCUCAGCAGCAUACCACAGCUGUUACGAGCCGCCGGCACGCGGCGUUUGCUAGCAACCAGCAGCAGCAGUAGCGCACCCACUGGCGACCGGCAGCUGUGGAUAGGCGACCCACCGCUCAUAGAAAGCGGCGAGCGGCGGCGGCUGCUCGCCAGCAGCAACAGCAGCAGCAGCAGUGCUCCCACUGGCGACCCACCGCUCUUAGAAAGCAACGCGCGGCGGCGGUUGCUCGCCAGCAGCAGCACCGCUCCCACGGGCGACCCGCAGCUGUGGAUAGGCCGGGUGGAGGAGUUCCCGCCUCUCCGGGUGAACCGGGUGGAGGACCUGUGGCGCGCAUCCUCUCUCCGAGAGGGUCAGCUGUUCACCGUGCGGCGCAGCCUGGUGAAGAAGAACGAGAAGCAUCCUGGAAGGAGGGCGCCAGACCUGCCGGUGCUGACGCGGAUGUACGUGCCGUUCGUGCUGGUGGAGAUGGAAAUGGAGGUGCCCAUCAUCCCUGCUGGCAGGAAUGGUAAUGGCACUGUUGGCAGUGGCAGCAGCAGCAGCAGUAGCGGUACCAGUGCCAGUGGUGGUGGUGGUGGUGGUGGUGACAGGGACAGGGACAGGGACAUUACGGGGUCUGCUGAUGGGGCUGAUGGGAUGGGUAGCAGUGCGAAGGGUAUUGCCCAGUCCUGCAUGUUCAAUGGCAUGUCGGUCGUUAUAGAAGAGAAGUGCUUCUUCCUUAAUGGGGGAGCCGCCUCAGCCAGCGGCAGCAGCACCACCACUGCCAGCAGAGGCACCCUGCUUGGCCCCCCAGGCUCCCAAGUCGGACCGGCACGCCCAUGCCUGCGCUCGGCUCGGUACUUCCGAGCCUGGAUGUACGUCCGGCACGUCGAAAUGGACCGAACGCCUCUCUUCAUGUUCGACCGCUUCCGUCGCACCCUCCGCCGGUCCCUAUCAGCCCGGAAAGGCGGGGGGUGGAUAGACGCGAAACACAUGGUGUGGCUGUCUAGAUGCCUGCGGCCGGUGGUGCGGCGGGUGCGGAUGGUGCGGUGUGUGGCGGGGACGGCUGAGCCGUGUGCUGUGGCGUGGCAGGUGGGCGCGGUGCCGGAUGCUUGGAGGCUGGUGCUGUGGGCGUGGCGGCCGCAGAGUGUGCGGACGGCGCAAGUGGCACUUAUGGAACGAGACACGCCCCCUGUUGAUGACCUUGCAGCGAAACCUCAGUGGUACUGGUGAAGAAGGAAUCAUAGGGAUGAAUGGGCUCAUUGCUAUAAAGCUGGCAAAAUCCUCUUCACCAUAUGAAAUUUGUUUGUUCUAGUUGGUGUUAUUUUUAUGAAGUGAUUGUAUCGUAAAGUAUAUUCACCGCGACA